UAUAAGUAUUUGAAUUUCCCGCGACAUUUAACAAAUUGACGACAAGCAACAUGGCCACUUCACAGUUUCAAUUCGUCCUGCAAGAAAAAUGCAAGAAUAUAACACUGGUGUUGGGAUACCGCAGCCAGUGUAAAGAACAGCGGUCGUGUACAAGGGCCUAGUCGUGUACCGCCGCGCGUGUGAGUGGUGUCGCGUUGAGGACGGUGAGAAAGCGUCGUCGUGUACAAAUCCUAUUAAACUGACAGUUGGAAAAAUAUAACAGAGAUUAAUAAACGCUGAUGUAAAAGAAUAAUCCAGGAUUGAAUACAGAAUCCCUAUUUCUGUACAAUUUGUGCGUACCAUGUUACGCGGGUCCGAUUCGUCGCGUACGCGUGUGCGUGAUCCGCAAUGAUCCCACGGGACCAGAAGUGCGGGAAUAUACGUGUGCAUACAGGUACAAAAGAGAGAGCGUGCACACAUGCGAGUGUGAGUGUGAAUACAACAAAGCGAUCCAAAUUCCAAAUGGAAGAGACGGCGUAGGGCGGAUGGCGGCGAACAGCGAAUGCUGAGAGUUCGUUGUUCCAGCCGGGGUGAGGCUUCGCGAAUUCUUCCGUAGCUGGCUCGAUCCUGAAGCUCGAGAAUUCGAUGAGUGUUCGAAAGAGAAUUACAUUCGAAGGCAGUAAAGACGAGCCCUUUGUGAGUGCGGUACGAUGCCGGUUCGGUGACCUCCUCGCGACGGACAGUCAAUUUACUGAAACGAAAUGAAUUCGCGAUUGUCUGACUCAAAUUUCUGCGAAACUACGUUCUGUUUCUCAGAAUCAAGAAGCGAUCGACGACGAACGGAUGUGAGCUUCUGAUGUCAAUGAGAUUCCGGGCAUUUAUCGCAAUCCUUAAUAAUGGAUUCCCAGACUGGUAUGUCUCGCCAUACCGGGCCAGGGCUAUACGAAUUCCUAAUGGAAGCUGAGCUGCAACAGUAUUAUCCAGGAAUCAGAGGGGAUUUAAAAGUUCAGACAACUGCACAGCUCAAGUAUGUGACCGAAGAAGACUUGAACGCAAUCGGAAUGAGUAAGCCGGAGAUGCGUAGACUUAAAAAGUAUUUCCAGAAGCAUUUCCCACAAAAUUAUUUAUCCAAAUUCAAGAAAAUGCUACUGCCUAAACGCGAGGAACAGACAUCCAGCACAUUGGGUGUGCUGCCUGAAGAGAGACAAGACCGACCUCCGAUCCGUGUUCCAAACAAGCACAUGAUACCUGCGGAUGCAAUAAUUGUAAACAAGGAACUAGGGACCGGAGAAUUUGGUGUAGUUCAGCAAGGAGUGUGGACAAACGAUGGAGAGAGGAUCCAAGUAGCAAUAAAAUGUCUCUCCAGAGAAAGAAUGCAAAACAAUCCGAUUGAGUUUCUGAAAGAAGCAGCCAUCAUGCAUGCCAUAGAUCAUGAGCAUAUUGUCCGACUGUACGGCGUAGUUUUGGACACGAAUUCUCUAAUGCUUGUUACUGAACUGGCGCCACUUCGUUCCCUGCUAGAAUGUUUAAAGGAACCGAGCCUCAGAGCAAGUUUCCCAGUUCUAUCGUUGUGCGACUUUGCAAUUCAAAUAUCAGACGGCAUGCAGUAUCUGGAAGCCAAGCGGCUUAUACACAGGGACUUGGCAGCCAGAAAUAUCCUUGUUUUUUCUAAAAAUAAGGUAAAAAUAUCGGACUUUGGUCUCUCCAGGGCACUGGGUGUUGGUAAGGACUAUUACCAAACUAACUUCAAUGUUAACUUGAAGCUCCCAAUUGCGUGGUGUGCUCCCGAGUGUAUUUCAUACUUGAAAUUCACCUCAGCCAGUGAUGUGUGGGCCUAUGGUGUAACCCUCUGGGAGAUGUUCAGCUAUGGUUUUCAACCGUGGGCUGCUCUCACUGGCCAACAGAUUCUCGAGGCAAUUGACGAGCCAAACUUCCAAAGAUUAGAACAGCCCGAGUGCUGCCCAAAAGACUAUUUCUUAUUAAUGGAGCAGUGCUGGCAGCAUGAACCUGCAAAGCGACCAAAAUUUUCCGAGCUCACACAUUUACUGCCGGACCUCAAGCCUGAACAAGUGCAAGCAGUUCAGGAUAGUACUGAAGAAAGCCAGCUGGUUUAUCGGCAAGGAGACGUGCUCACAGUUCUGGAUAAAGGGACAUUAUCGGGCAACGCCAAUUGGAAAGGAGUUCUAGCUAAUGGAAAAACGGGCUUCUUUAAUCCGGCACAUACAAUAGCUUAUCUGGGAUCAAACUUGCCAAGUAAUAAAAUGGGGGAGUUUACACGGGGUGAUGGCAAGAAUGCGUUUUCCUCUCAGCGCAAGAAGAUACGGCCAGACAUGAUAUCCUCGCCUCAAGGCGAUCUCAAGCACACCGGACAUGUAGGGCUGGAUGGAGCUUAUUUUGGGGAUGUUAGCUUUCUUGGAGGAAAGUAUCCUCAUCUUCCUAGGCAAGUUGUCAAUCCGUACAAACCCCACGAAGAUGUUACGGACAGCUAUGGCCAAAUCACUGAAGAAGGAAGUGGGUCUGAACUGGCGAGGAACUCGGCAAGGGAUAGCAGGGACAUUCAACAUUUCCAUGCGGAUAUGAUUCAUAGUAAGCGCGUUCUGAUGUUCCCAGACAAUCCAUGGUCGGAUACCGCUUCUGAUAUUUCUCAUCUUGGGACCCCGGUAGCGGGUACAGGCAAGGCGCCAUCUGUGACUAGUGGGACGACUGAUGUGCUGAGCCUAGCUGGACUGGACCAUGAAUACCACGAGAUUAGCGAUGAAGAAAGUCACGACAGUCCUCUAAGAUUUGACAAGCCACUUAAUUUCGACUUUGGACCAAGUUUGCUGGAUGAAAUGGACCAGAUGUUUAGAUCCUUGGGCUCUUCUCCACCACCACCACCACCACCACCACCACCUCCAGCUCAUCCAUUGCCAAGUGAACACGAUUCAAGUAACGUAAGAAACGAACUUCGAGAAAUUCAGUCAAGGCAAAGUGGCAAAAAAAAACAGGCCACCGUGAGUCCUAUAAAUGUGAAACCAAUAUCAGCAGCGGACCAAAGAACUCUAUACUCCGCAAUAGCAAUGGCACAGGAAUUGACUGCUCGCUCAAUGACUGAUCUUGAACAUCCACCCGAAUCUCCAAGAACGCCGGUCAGCCCUUCAAGACGCAGAAAGUUUUCAUUCAAAUUACCGCAUCAGCACAGCCCAAAGCCUGACCGGCGACACUUUGCAGAGGAGGCUGCCAGUAUUCCAGACAUACAGUGGUUAUGCUCGAGUCUCCAGUCUCUUUCGUCAACUGUUUCAAGCAUAGAAUCAUUAGGGGCUCCAUCAACGCUGAAGCUCCCAUUGUGGGAUAAGGCAUCGGCAGAAUUUUGCUUUGCUAAGUCAAGAGAACUCUUGACCAAACCAAGUGCCUGGACUUCAUACAUGGAAAUGGACUUUGAAACCCGGACCUUGGAUGAUAACUCUUCUGCCAAAGAAACCCUAGUCAGGUCAAAUGAGUAUUCCGAAAAUGAAAACGGGAAUGGGAACGUUAAUGGUGGACGUACCCUCACUAAAAGCACUGCUGAGCCAGAUACCAAGCUUAAUAUAACGCAGAAUGGCCAGACUGCUGUUUAUAAUAUGGAAAAUGCGAAUUUUCAUUUUGCUAGGCAACCAAAAAGAGUGUCUGCAAGCUAUGUGGACCGUUACUUUGAAUUACCUAAAUACUUCGAUGAUGGAGGAUCUGGUUCAGGAUCGUUUGAUCAUGGGUAUGACAAGAAACUCUGUUAUCAAGAGGAUACGGCAAAGAAUUAUGACAAGAUGCUUAGCCUUGAGGAAAAGGAGUGCAAUAAGUUUUAUGACAAUUUUAAAAAUAACAUUGCUGCUAACGAUAAAUUCGGCCUCAUACCACGGGAUAAAAUAACCAACCGGGACCCUAUGUACAGGGAAAUUUUAAAUUCUGAAACACGACCUGACGAACUAAAGAACCUUGAUGUUCCGAUAGACAAGGUUGGAAGGUUUGAAAUGUCGCUGGAAAAAUUGAACAACUUUGAACAACAUGGUACAAGGCCCAAGAUUUCGACCGUAUGUACAAUGGAACGUAACAAAAAGUUUGAUCCCCAGAAGCAAUUGACGCCCGGGAUCGUUGGUCUGGCUACUAAAAACUCAAGUGUAGGAACCAAGACAAUUUACAGCUCCGAUGACAGCAUCGGAAACAAUCUCAAUUUACUUUUAGACAAUCCAAGAGUCGCCGAUGCAGGAGAUGCAAUUGAACGGAAUUUGAAUGGCCGUGAGAGUCACUUACCAUUUGUCAUCUCGAGUAAUCCCGUUUUCAUAGCAGAGCCAGAAAAAAAGGACUCUCCAUUAUAUGACAGCUCUGAGAGUUUGAGAGCAAAUUUCCAGCGUUUCAGACGGAAAUCAGAUGCAGAGGCGAAUAAUCAGACCGAAUUGAGCAGUCGACUUUUUGCUGCUAAGUAUCAGCGAGAGGUUUCGGGUCUUGAAAGUGUAAAGAAUUAUUUAGACUCGAGAAAGGGUCAAGGUUUUAAUUUGGGCCUUGGAAAACUGACGCAGAACAUGAUUCAGCUUGGCAAAAAUAUUGCACACAAUACGCGUCAUUUUGAGAAUUCUGUACGAAAAAGACCUGAGGAUUUCGAUAAAAAAAAUGGUCAUGACUUUAAACCACCCAGCCUCAAUAUUCCUCUCGAUCGUUCCAAUCUGGACCUCAAUAUUCCUGUUCAAAACCUCAACCCACGUGUAGUCACAAAGCCAGGUCUACGGAGCAACAUACAAAAGCUGCAGCAACCGAGCGAUCCCAACAACUUUCAACAACAUAUAUUGGAACCUCCAAAAUUAUAUCAGAACGAUGAAUCGUUACACUUUUAUCGUCACAGAACUUCGUCCCUAUCUGAUAACCGGAAGGUUACACUUGGAAAAAACCAGCGGAGAUCGUUUCAUCCCAAGAAUGAAUCUAGCGAAGAUUCUGAUUCGGUUUCGCGGUCAGAGACAGAUAUAAGAAGUCGUUUCCGUUACAAACGCCGACAUAAAAAAAUGUCGCUAACAAAGGGUGCAGGCGCAGGUCCGCCACAUAGCUUGCGGCUGAAUUUCAAUACUGGAAAAAAGGGAAACCAAUUUUUACACCCUGACUCUGCAAGGGGCUUUUCUUCCGCUGAUCAAUGUGGCAAAUCACCGCCACCGUCAACGAGCUUCCUAAAUUCACUUUCACCUCCAUUUUCUUCUAGAAAUAAUCUUUUGUCUUGGCCAGAAAGCGCACCGAGUUCCAGUCUCACUUUUACCAGCAAUUCUGACCUAGAAUCAGACACUAGCUCAGAAUACCCGGAGUUUACAAAUGACCUUCCUAAUUUUCCUCCGUCGCCUGCUCCCUGAGAGUUAAUUGCUGGAAUGAGACCAAUGGGAACUGCAAAUACGUCGCUAUGAUCGCAGUCAAAUGUUUCACUUACAUUUUCAUACGUGCCUGUUUGGAAAACCGCUAUUGCGGAAAUAGGAGGAUUCAUUUAUGUCGCACAAUCUGCUGAAUAUUUUAUAUAUAAAAAAAUAAAAAUAAAUAAAUUAAAAUUUAACAUUAUACCAAAUGCACAUCUCGUAUUGACAGAAAUUUUGGUUUUCUGAAACCAUGAGAUUUGGUAGAUGUUGAAAAUAACUUAAGGUAUGCAAAAAUUUCUCCAAACUCGAAUUUCAGCCUGUGUUGAUAGAGCCCUUGUGUCCCAACAUUUUGCAUUCACAUCGGUCUCCAAAAAAUAUUUCUUAAUUCUAAAAUAAGUUUUGACGAGUUUCUUAACAUUUUUAUUCAAGUGUUCGAAGUCUGACUUCAACUUUUAAGUCUUAUCUCGAUAAGUUAGUAAUUUGCUUCUUCGUCAACAGUUUGGGCAAUGUAAUAUUUGCGGCAUAAUUGCUAUUUAAGCUCUGUCAUCGAUUGUUGUAUUUGUUCACUGAUGUUAUUCAUGUUAUGACAACGUUUCAUUCAACCACACGUUGAAAGUAUGCAUACGACUGGCGUCUACUAAUUAGAGUAUGUAAUACAGCCUUUUACACUCCUAAAAAGUAGCAAACGAAUCGAAUUCUUUAUAGAACAUUCCUGCUGCCUAAACACAAAAUAAUUAUAACGCUUGGCAUGUUUGCAUGAUACACUAAUACCAUAUUAUAUUGUUGUCUUUAUUAAUAUAAAGUUUUGCAACCAAUUAUCCUACACAUAAAUAUUCACUACGGGGAUUAAGAAAAGAAAAGUGCUGAAAUUAGUUUUAUUUUUUUCACUUGCUACCAUUCAUCUCUUUUUUUUUUUUUCUAAGAUCGAUGCUCUUGAAACUGGCUGGUUCCUUGAAUUUUUAAGUUGCUGACGCAUUAGAUUUCGUUUUAUAUCUUUUAUACUUUUUUUUUUGAAAAAGAGAAAAAUAAUACUAAUUUCUCUUUAAUUUCCCCAAUAUAAGCAUGGAAAUGCAUACCACUUUGUAUUCCAUAUAUACAUAUUAUAAUGUUAGAAUUUAAACGGACUAGGACUACAUUCGCAAACCAAUUAAUUAUUAGAUUAGAACUUUUAUAUACGACGUAUUAUACGUACCUAUUGCACUAUUAGAUCUACCAUAUUAUGUGUGUACAUACAAACAAUGCGAUGAUAGAAGUAACUAGAUUAUCCCAAUCACCGUAUUAUUCACUUACGUUUCCUCUAAUAUCGCAUAUUUACUUUACUCAUCAAUUUAAACACGUUUUGGAAGCAAAGGGUUACGUUCAAUCCAUUUUACAUGAAUAUGAUUUUAAAUUUAUUGAACUUUUAUGAUUUUAACGAUCUUUCUUUUAUUGUAACUAGAUCAGGAGACUUGUUUGUAUAUAUUUUAAGGACAAAUGUG